AGGUUAUGUGUGUCAACUAUUGUUGCAUUUGCAACAUUUUCUAUUCGUUUUUACACUUAAAACGACAAAAACUGGCGAAUUUUAGUUAACAGAAGCGUCGAUUCGUGCACCGUUUUGUUUUCCAGGUUUACAAAAAUUUUGAGGUUAUGUUUGUGAAGAUUUUUUUUUAAUCGUGUUGGGAAUCCACGAUGUCCGCUCUGGAAUAUUCCUCAAAAAUUGCAAUGAGCUUUAAAAAUGUCCAUCGAUGUAGUGUUUGUCCGUUCUUCACAACGUCGUUCUACCUCAUGAUGAACCACGUCAGACGCCACCAGUUACCCAUGAAACAAUUCAACUGUGAAACUAGCAGCAUCGAAAUUUACUCCUGCAAGGACUGUUUUUUUCAAACUGAAUUCUCCCUAUUGUUCAAACAGCACUUUCAAGAACACCAUUUCGUUAAAAAAGAGCACCAAGAAGAUAACAAAUACACAAUUCAAAACUACGUUUGUAAAAACUGUGGCUUUGAAACCCAUUUUGCUAUUAAAUAUCUUCAACAUUCUUCGAAAUGCCGGACAAAGAAUGAAGAACAGACUAUUAAAAACAAAGACAGUGGUAAUCAAAAUUUAACCCAUUUGCGCUAUCAGUGCCAAAAAUGCCCGUACCAAACCAAAGACAGUUCAAACUUUAAAAGACACAUAAUCGCUCGACAUUUAGACGAAAGCGCCAUUAAAUGGUACCAAUGUGAAAAGUGCCCCUACAAAGCUAAAGAAAAAUUCACAUUAAAAAGACACUUCUAUACGCGCCACCCAGACCCCUCUAAAAAAGACACCGAAGACAAAAAUUCCAAACCGCUGCGUUAUCAAUGCCAACAAUGUCCUUAUCAAGCUAAAGAAAACUACACUCUAACCCGACACAUGAAAACUCACCGAAAUGACCCCGAUUCGAAGUGGCGCAAAUGUGAAAAGUGCCCAUUUAAAGCUAAACUGCGGUCGCUUUUGAAAAGCCACAUGCUCGCUCAUCACUCCAACGACGAUAUUAAAUGGCACGAGUGUCACAGUUGUUCGUUCAAAACUAGAACAAGCUCUAGCUUAAAGCAACACAUUUACGCCCUCCAUUCGAGCGAGCAGGAUAUUAAAUGGUUCGAGUGUGACAAGUGUCCGUAUAAAGCUAAAGCCAAAAGACAGUUAAACCGUCACGUAAUUUCGCACCAUUUGGACGAAAAAGACAUUAAAUGGUGUCGGUGCUCAAAGUGUUCGUUUGUAACUAAACACAGAGCGUUGCUAAAUGAGCACAUAAAUUCGCAACAUUUGGACGAACAGGAUAUAAUCUGGUUUCAGUGUGAAAAGUGUCCGUAUAAAGCUAAGUGGAGGUCGCCAUUGAGGCGGCACAUGAACACCCAGCAUUUAACCGGACAGGAUGUUAAAUGGUAUGGGUGCAAAGAGUGUUCGUAUAAGUGUAAGGAUAAGUCCAAUUUGAAGAAACACAUUGAUGUGCAGCAUUCAGGGCAGGUGGAUGUCAAGUGGCUUCAGUGUGACAAGUGUUCGUACAAAGCUAAAAGGAAGUGCGAUUUGAAUAGACACAUAAACGUGCACCAUUUGAACGAAACGAACGUAACAUAAAUACACCCAGUAUUCGAAAUCGGGACGAAUAAAAAUAAAGCAAAUUGUAGUUGGUUUUAGAGUUAAGUGUAUUGUGUGUUGCAUACACUACUACAAAAU